GUCACGCCCGGUCCCGGCCCUCGCGCUCGGGAAAAUGCUGCUCUCGGUGCCGCCGCGCUCGGGGCUCCCCGCCUUCGCCUACAACAAGGGCGGCAAGAAGCAGCCCUAUGUGCCCCCGGCACAGCCCCUGGGCCCCCCCAGCCCCAGCCCCGCCGGGGGGGCCCCGGACCAGCUCAGCAAGACCAACCUCUACAUCCGGGGGCUGCACCCCGGCACCACGGACCAGGACCUGGUCAAGCUCUGCCAGCCCUACGGGAAGAUCGUCUCCACCAAAGCCAUCCUGGACAAGACGACCAACAAGUGCAAAGGCUACGGCUUCGUGGACUUUGACAGCCCCACGGCGGCCCAGAAGGCCGUGACGGCGCUGAAGGCCAGCGGGGUGCAGGCGCAGAUGGCCAAGCAACAGGAGCAGGACCCCACCAACCUGUACAUCUCGAACCUGCCGCUGGGCGUGGACGAGCAGGAGCUGGAGGCGCUGCUGAAGCCCUUCGGGCAGGUGGUCUCGACCCGCAUCCUGCGGGACCCCCACGGGGCCAGCCGGGGGGUGGGCUUUGCACGGAUGGAAUCCACGGAGAAGUGCGAGGCCGUCAUCACCCACUUCAACGGGAAGUACAUCAAGACACCCCCGGGGGUGCCAGCCCCCCCAGACCCGCUGCUGUGCAAGUUUGCUGACGGGGGGCAGAAGAAGCGGCAGAGCCAGGGCAAGUUCGUGUCCAACGGCAGAGCCUGGGCCCGGGAUGGCGACGCGGGCACCGUGACCUUGGCCUACGACCCCGCGACGGCGCUGCAGAACGGGUUCUACCCGGCGCCCUACGGGCUGGCCCCCGGCCGGAUGCUCCCCCCCGCCGCCCUGGCCCCCUACCUGCCCUCCCCCGUCUCCUCCUACCAGGUCCACGGCCCCACCUGGAUGCACCAGUCCUACCUCGUGCAGCCCACGGUGAGCACGGGGCCCCACCCAGUGCCACGCCCACGCCUGACCCUCCCUGAUAGGUGGGAGGGGGUGCAGGAGCUAUGCCCAGUGCCCCACCCACACGUGCCCCUCCCACUUUGUCCAGAAACCACACCCACUUUAGACAAGACACGCCCAUUUCCAGCAUUUCCCCCAGCCCCACUCUGGGGCUCCCUGGCCCCGUGUCCCCAUGGCCCUGGCCCCUGCAACCCCCCCCAGCCCAGUGAGGUCUGGGGGGGCAACACCCGCUGA